AUGGACUUGCAUGCAGACACGAGGAAGUAUGCUGAUGGUGAGAGAAAGGUAUUGCUGGAUAGGUAUAUAAGUAAAUGGGAUGCGCAGGAUCAUAAUCCUUCACAGCACACCACAGUCCUUUACGCCAACUUAAGUUAUCGCAACCUCACAAAAUCGUCCAAUUAUCCCAAACACGUCAGUCUUCAAGUCCACGAACGACACAUCUCCAACGCCUCUGAAUUACUUACCUCAUCUCACCUGGCCAAAAUGAAGACCUCAUCUUCAACCAUACUCCUCACACUCACUUCCUUCCUCGCCACUACUCUCGCCCUCCCCUCGCCAGCAUCCUCGCCGUACCCCACCAGCAAACCCAGCUGGCGCGUCUCCAACUACACAGAAGGCUGCUCUCCAGGUGGAUGCAUCUACAACUUCGACAUCGAGUCUCCAUCAACACCAUCUUCUCUCAAAGAGCCAACCUUCCGCACCCACUGCACCGGCACAAACGUAGCCGGCACCAUGCAAGCGUGUCGAAACCCGUCAAUAACCGCAAACUCUCUCCCCGGUCCAGGGAAGUUCACGCUGGUGAUUCAGCAUUCGUGGACUGAUAAAGAGGCGGUUACGUAUUUUGUGGGUGGGAAUAGGACGGUCGAGAUUGGGGGGUAUCCCAAAGGGUUUUUGGUGGAGCAGACGAGUGUUAGUGCGAUUGCUUAG